UCGCUGCUUAGAGCGGUGGGAUCCUCAGGCCAUGUUGUGGCUUUCCACACAUUUCCUUGUAUGUGGAUAGAGUGAAAGAAACUUCUGAUUCUGCCCCCCCCCCCCCCCCCCCCCGCCCACAUUUUUUAAAGUGUAAGCAAAUCAACACGUUUGGAAACAAGUCUUAACCGGGAAACUUUUCAAAAGCGCUGUUACAAUAGGAAAUGAGUAAGGAGGAAAAAAGUUUUUGUUUUUCCAAGCUGAGCCACAACCAGGAGGGACAGUUUUAAUGAAAACAGUCCUGACAGCAGCAAACGUGGUUUUACUGCAGUGAAAUAUCAGUUGGCAUAGCCAAGGAACUGAAGUUUUAACUUCCUGUUACUUCAGCUUUUGUGCACAUAUUGGAAAUAGUUGUUAAGAGUUCCAGAGGCCUGGCAUUCAUUUAUUUAAAUGAACUGAAAAGUCGCGCUGCAGUUUGGUGUUGCUUAACUGAAACCUGCUUUUGUGUGUCACUAACCUAUUCUGAAAGAUCAGCCUUCUUGUCAAACUAGGCGAGCAGAUCAAAGGGCAGGCUUCAGGGGCUUUUUUUGUUUCAAACUCUGUGAUUACCAACUUACAGUUGGGAAUUCACUGUUCAAUGAGCAAAUUUUCACCCUUUUUCUAGAUUAAAAAAGGAGGGAGAUAAUAGCCUUGAGAAGAAUGUCUGGCUUUUCAGAUGUUGGAGAGUUUAAACAAAUUGCUGUAUUCAGAUUUGCUUUAGUCAUUUAAUUAACUUGACACGUUUUUUUAAAAGUUCGAUUUCUUUAAUUAUCAAAGCCAAUGUGAGACAGGAACUCAGCUGUAAUAUCUUUAAGCUUUUUCAUUAAUAGUUCUUCACCCAAAUUUCAAUAUGGGUUUGAAAGUCUCAUCUCGUCAAUAGUGAAAGUAGUUUCAGUUUUAAAUGGGCACUUUUAAAAAACUUCAAAAACUUAAAUCAUCAGGGGAGGGAAAUAUCAAAUACACGGCAGUUAAAACUUAGGAUUCUUGUGCGGUUUAUUUGUAGCUGUUUAUUAAGCCGCGAGCUAAAGUGAAUUUGCAAGAUCAUCCACCUCUUUGUUAGAACUUGCUUUACUUUGUCUUUGGAGAGUUCUGCCUUUUGUAGGAAUACCGUGCAGCACCUUCUGCCCCCUGCAGUCCAAAACUAAAAAUGUGUCACCAAGUCAGAGUCAAUUACAAGGGUGGGAAAAAUUCCUUUUAAAAAAAAAAUGGUGUUUAGCUUAAGAGGAAUAUUCCGUUUUUAUUUCCUGUCAAGGUGAACUGGCUCAAUUAAGGUCAAGUCAUAUUUUCAAUCAAAAUUACAUACUACAGAGGAAAGAAAGCAUACAAAGCUAAAAAUGCAUACCUUUACAUUUUUUGUUAUUUUAAUUACUUCCCCUAAUAUAGAAGUGCUGAUUUGUUUCAAGCAUGCCAUUGUUUGUAAUUCAUUUCUGUUUUUAAGAUUCUAGAUUGUCUACAAGCAAAAGAAUGUAUUUCUUUAGUCAUUCGGAGUAGCCUGCUGUAGUUUUUGAAAGGUAUUGUUGCAGCAUCUGGCAGUGAGACUGAGGAUGAGGACAGCAUGGACAUUCCCUUGGACCUUUCUUCAUCCGCUGGCUCAGGCAAGAGAAGGAGAAGGGGCAACCUCCCCAAGGAGUCCGUGCAGAUUCUUCGGGACUGGCUGUAUGAGCAUCGCUACAAUGCCUAUCCUUCCGAGCAGGAGAAAGCGUUGCUGUCCCAGCAAACACACCUGUCUACACUACAGGUCUGUAACUGGUUCAUCAACGCCCGCCGCAGGCUCCUCCCUGACAUGCUGAGAAAGGAUGGCAAAGAUCCAAAUCAGUUCACAAUUUCCCGCCGUGGGGCCAAGAUUUCUGAAACGAGCUCUGUGGAGUCCGUGAUGGGCAUCAAAAACUUCAUGCCAGCUCUAGAGGAGACCCCUUUUCAUUCCUGUACAGCUGGGCCAAACCCAACGCUCGGGAGGCCACUGUCUCCUAAGCCGUCAUCCCCGGGAUCAGUUUUGGCUCGUCCAUCGGUGAUCUGCCAUACCACUGUGACUACAUUGAAAGAUGUCCCUUUCUCUCUCUGCCAGUCAGUUGGUGUGGGACACAACACAGAUAUACAGCAGAUAGCGGCCAACAACUUUACAGACACCUCUCUCAUGUACCCAGAGGACACGUGUAAAUCUGGACCAAGUACAAAUACACAGAGUGGUCUUUUCAACACUCCUCCCCCUACUCCACCGGACCUCAACCAGGACUUUAGUGGAUUUCAGCUUCUAGUGGAUGUUGCACUCAAACGGGCUGCAGAGAUGGAGCUUCAGGCGAAACUUACAGCUUAACCCAUUUUCAAGCAAAACAGUUCUCAGAAAUGUCAUGAUUGCCGGGGUGAAGGCAAGAGAUAAAUUGCAUUAGUUUAUAUAUUUUUUAUUAAUAUUUGCACAUGGGAUUGCUAAAACAGCUUCCUGUUACUGAGAUGUCUUCAAUGGAAUACAGUCAUUCCAAGAACUAUAAACUCAAAGCUACUGUAGAAACAGAGGAUUUUCUUUUUUAAAUGUUUCUUGGUAGAUUAUUCAUAAUGUGAGAAGGUCCCCAAUAUCAUGUGAUUUUUUUUUUCCUCUCCUCCCCUUUUUUGUUAUUUUUUCAGACUGUGCAAUACUUAGAGAACCUAUAGCAUCUUCUCAUUCCCAUGUGGAACAGGAUGCCCACAUACUGUCUAAUUAAUACAUUUUCCAUUUUUUUUCAAACAAGUAUGAAUCUAGUUGAUUGAUGCCUUUUUUUCAUGACAAUAAAGUAUUUUCUUUAAAAA